CGCCUCCUAAGGCACCAUCUCCGAGGACCAGGGCGGCCACCACCUACCCGGCUUCGCAUUCGGCAGCCCCAAUCGGCCGACCGCCUUUCGGUCCUUGUGUGUCCCCUCUCCAGCGGCGCCAUACAACAAACAGUACAAUGCCUUCAAAUUCUGCCGUAGUAGUAGUUAUCGCCAUCUUUCUUGUUGUUAUCCUCGGCGCCAGCCACGCGGUCACCGGCGCCCGUGUCGGCACCAUGAUGAUCCGGCAGCCUUCUUCGUCCUCCUCCGUCCUGAUGUUCAGGGAGGCGCCCGCGUUCCGGAACGGCCCCGACUGCGGCGCGGACGGCCGGGUGGACAUCGCCAUGACGCUGGACGCUAACUACCUCCGCGGCACCAUGGCCGCGGUGCUGUCCAUCCUGCAGCACACGGCGUGCCCCGAGAGCGUAGCGUUCCACUUCCUCACCGCCGACGCCGACGCCGACGGCCACGGCCUCUCCGCCGCGCUGCGCGCCUCGUUCCCGUUCCUCGACCUGCGGGUGUACCGCUUCGACCCGUCGCGCGUCCGCGACCGUAUCUCGCGGUCGGUGCGCCAGGAGCUGGACCAGCCGCUCAACUACGCGCGCGUCUACCUCGCCGACACGCUGCCGCGCGACGUGCGCCGCGUCACGUACCUCGACUCCGACGUGGUCGUGGUGGACGACGUCCGGACGCUGGCGUCCGUGGACCUCGCGGGCCACGUGGUGGCGGCGCCCGAGUACUGCCACGCCAACUUCAGCAACUACUUCACGGACGCCUUCUGGUCGCACCCGGCGCUCAACGGCACCUUCCACGGGCGCCGCCCAUGCUACUUCAACACGGGCGUCAUGGUCAUGGACGUCGACAAGUGGCGCGCCGGCGGGUACACGCGCCGGGUGGAGGAGUGGAUGGCCGUGCAGAAGCGGCGGCGGAUCUACCACCUCGGCUCGCUGCCACCGUUCCUGCUCGUCUUCGCCGGCCACAUCCGGGCGGUGGACCACCGGUGGAACCAGCACGGGCUCGGCGGCGACAACGUCGAGGGCCGCUGCCGGGGUCUCCAUCCGGGCCCUAUCAGCCUCCUUCACUGGAGCGGCAAGGGCAAGCCGUGGCUCCGCCUCGACGCCCGCCGGCCGUGCUCUGUGGACUACCUAUGGGCGCCCUACGACCUCUACCGUUACUCGUCGCCGGUGAUCGACGAGUGGUGACUGGUGAGCCGUGACGUGGUGUGAGCAUGCACCACCUGAGGAGCUACUAGCAAAUGGUAGGACAGUUCGAUCUUGCAGAGGGGAAGAGGCAUCACAAUGAUGCAUGCAUGCAUUGCUAUCUCUUGAUCUUUUAAUUUAUAUAAUACUGUGCAAUUCACCCUCUUAAUUUUGUAUAUAUAGAUAUAUAGAACCUGUUGUAAAUUUGUACAGAUUAUUAUUAGUAUGCAUGGUGGGGAGGCUCAUGCUGACAAAUGUAUGUACAAUUGUACCGUAUAUCUCGAGUUCAUGGUAAUACAACACAUAGAUUCUAUGC